AUGGCCUCCAUCCAAACUCUUCCAGUCGUGGACAUCCCUGGUCUCCAUCAUGCGCCCGAUGCUGAAGAAUUUGCCGACUCUCGAAACAUAUAUGCCCACUCAAACGGACUUCCUCAGCCUGAGGACCAGCCGGAGCUCUCUGACAGUACGCUCAAGGCUUUGGGCGAGCUUUUUGUUCGCCACAAGGCGCACGACACCUUUGGCAUCCAUUUCCUGCAUGCUCAUUUUCAGAUCUCUGAUGAGUUUGUGUUGUACGGAGAGCAAGUCCAAGUUUCGGGCAACUUUGAAUCAUGUUGGACCCAACCUGUUCCGUCCAAUGAAACCUUCGUCCCGUAUGAGUUCCAGGAAGGCGCGCCACCGCCUAAAGCAGUCACUGUCCCCCAAGAAUUCUUUCAGGACCUUGCUCAGUUCUUGCACUCGAACAACCUUGCAGACUUGGUUGCACUACAGCUCCUAGGUGGCCAGAGCGAGGGGACUAGCACGGAGCUCCUCAUUGGGCCACAGAGCACCCUCACGUUAGACACGAACGAUAUACUCGGAUUUGAGCCUGCAAAGAUUACCACAGGCUGGCUCUUCCAGGUUGGAGAUGAUGGUGUUAUUUCCUGCAAGGGCAACGACGUGUAUUCUAAGAAGAAGAACACGCACCAAGUCUUUACCGACUCAAAGCCUCUUACCCUAGAGGCUUUGAAAGCGGCUCUUCGCCAGGAAGGAAUUAUCGCCUAG